CCCCUCCCCCUCCUCCUCCUCCCCCCUCCCCACUCACAGCGAGCCCCGAGCUCUCGCGUCGGGACAAGCGACGCUCGGCGAACUUCGCGUGGCCGUUCGCCACCGGGGGAUUGCGCGCGAAAUUGAGUGCCGAGCCGGGUUGCCCCUGAGGGGAAAGGGAGGAAUAAAAAAUAAAAAUUAUAAUAAUAAUUAUUAAAAUCGCGCGCGUCGGGCUCCACGAGAAGGCGAUUGUUUUUUUAAGAAGUGGAAAGAAUAAAGCGGCGAUACGUUUAAAGAGAAUAACAAAAAUUAUAAACAACAACUCGCAAAUCAGCUACACUCACCUCCCCUCCCCAACAACAAUUCCCUGUGUUUGGUGGUGGUUGUUGUGGUGGUGGUGGUGGCGCUGAUGAUGUCCCUCAAGGAAGGUGGUGAACACGACAGCUCGACCGCUUCGCUCGUCAGCGGCAGCAGCGGCGGCGGCAGCGCCAGCAGCAGCAGCAGCGACGGUGAAGAGGAUGGGUGGCGGAGGAAGCUGGAGAAGGUUUGUGUGGCUGUGGGCGCCACCGAUGAGACGUGCAAGAUGGCCUGGAGGCUCUGGGAAUUGACAUGCAAGCCCGACUCUGCGCAGAGCUGUGCUCCGACGCUGGCCGUCUGCCUUUACAUCGCCGCCAUGAAGCCAUUGCCCAUCAAGGUCACGCAGCUUCUCUCCGAGCUUGGUGUCAGCUUCGACGAUUUCUACCACGCCGUGCGGAACAUGGAUGCUCCGUCAGAAAUGCAGCUAUCGCUCACCACCCUGAAUAACCAGUUCCAGGUCGUCGCCGCCAUCUACAAAAAGUUCCAAACGAUGUACGGCAAGAUCUUCAACGAAGACUGCGGACGAUGCGCCUCGCCGUUUCCGUCCACGAUGGCAAAGGAGUGCUGGACAACAUUCAUCCUCGCCAAGGGCCACGGGCUCCAGGCCGGCACGGAUCUGGUCUCGGCGUUCCAUCUCCUGCUGUGCGUCCUGGACCACUUUGUCUCCCGCUGCCAGGCCUCGUCUCUCCACGAGCCCUACGCGUCCGCCGUGAGGGACGGCAAACCGGCGUCCGGCACGGACGGAGAGGCUGACCCGGCGGCUUCGAGCGGCGAGCACUCGUACAGCCAGGGCACCGCCGCCGCUGUGACCACGGCCGCCGCCGCGAAGACGCCCGCGGUGGCCGUGGCUCCGCCGGUCGUCGCGCUGCUGUGCCGUCACAACAACUGCAACCACGAGGAGGUCAUGAGCAUUCACACCGGCUGUUUCCUCCCCUUCCUAAGCUCUCUCCCAGCUACCACGACAGACUCCCUCCUCCAGCUGCUGAGCGAGCAGUACGGGGCGUUGUACGAGCAGACGCGUGGCAUCGACGAGCGAGGCUUCCUCGUUCACCACCCCACCCUGGUGCCCAACGCCGACAAACAGCCUCAGGCUCUAGGCAGCCCAACCAGGAGCCAGGAUGCAAUGCUGGGACCGCAGCAGACGCCAAUCAGGACCACAAUGAACACGGUCCAGCAGCUGAAGCUCAUCCUGAACUCGGCGAGCGAUGAACCAUCCACGACGCUCAACAGCUACCUAAGCCGCUGCUCCGUGAACCCCCGGGCCGAGAUCGCGCGCACGGUGGAGGAGGUGGGCUCCCGCUUCCAGAGGAACUUCGUGGAGGCUACGUCCGCCGGCUGUGCGGGGACCGCCAACCAGCGUUGGGGCCUUGCCGUGCGUCUCUACUACCGCGUCAUGGAGGCCAUCCUGAAAUCGGAGGAAGAGCGGCUGAACAUGCAAGAUUUCAGCACCCUACUGGGCAUCGAGACGUUCCACGUGUCGCUGCUCGCCUGCUCGCUCGAGGUGGUCAUGGCGACGUACAACAGCUCCUGGAGCGGCUCGUGUGGAACGAUGAUCGGCUCCCCGGAGGAUUCCGGCGGCGUCUCCUUCCCCUGGGUGCUGGGAGUCCUCUCGCUGUCGCCCUACAACUUCUACAAGGUCCUGGAGAGUUUCAUCCGCGCGGAGACGUCGCUCACCCGCGACGUCAUCAGGCACCUCAGGUGCUGCGAGGAGGCCGUGCUGGACUCCCUCGCCUGGCAACCGGACUCUCCCCUGCUGGAGGAGCUCAGGAACUGCAGGGACGGCGUCCAGGCCGGCACGGACGCAGCGCCGGAUCCGCACGGCGCCGGCAUCAACCCCGGCAUCAACCCCGGCAUCAACCCCGGCAUCAACCCCGGCAUCAACCCCGGCAUCAACCCCGGCAUCAACGCGGCGCACGCCCUGCCGCGUGGCUCCCUGUCCCCCGUGCACCGCCCCCCAGCUGCGGCGACUCCCUCUGCCGACGAGCCGACGGCGGCCCCCUCGGCCGACCAGCCGGCGGCCGCGGCCGCGGCGGCGGCGGCUCAGCCGGCGGCUCAGCCGGCGGCUCCUGCCGGCGUCGCCUCUCCGCUGUUCCGUCACCGCAGGUCCUCGCUGCUGUUCCUCAAGAAAGUGUGCUGCCUGGCCCACCAACGUCUCAAGCAGCUGUGCACGGAUGUGCACCUGCUGCCCGGCCACGCAGUGCAGGAGCUCACCAUCUGGACCCUGCUGGAACACACGGUGCGCAACGAGCCCGACCUCAUGGCCGGACGCCACCUGGACCAGAUCAUGAUGUGUGCCAUCUACGCCAUCUGCAAAGUGCACAACAUCGACCUGAAGUUCAAGACCAUCGUCACGGCCUACAAGGGCAUGCCCCAUGCCAAGCAGCAGACUUUCAAGCACGUGCUGAUUCGGGAAAACCAGUACGACUCCAUCAUCGUCUUCUACAACCUCGUAUUCAUGCAGCGGCUCAAGGCCAACAUUCUGCAGUUCGUGUCUCCACACCCUCCCACGCUGUCCCCCAUCCCGUCGGCCAUGCUGAGCCCAUCCUCGUUCCGGGCGUCCCCGCUGCGCGUCCUGGGCCGGAGCAACUUCUACAUCUCCCCUCUCAAGAGCCCGGCACGCUCCCCAGCCAGCGUCCCCCUCACCCCCAAGAGCAGGCUACUCGUCUGCAUUGGAGAAACCAUCGGGUCCCCGCAGUUUCAGAGGAUCAACGCGGUGAUCGGCGCCAGCGACCGUGGGAGGGGGGCAAAGCGACGCCUGGUGGAGGAGGGGGGGUCCAAGCGGCUGCUCUUCGACUGCGGCGAGGCCGGCGCGGACGAGGCGGACGGCGCCAAAGCGCACAACGGCUCGCGCGACGCCCUCGCCACCAACGGGAGGAGCCGCUCCAUCAUCCACCGCAAAGUGUCCGAGCUGGCGUUCGCUUUCCAACGUACGAGGAAAGGCGGCGGCGACCACAACGGCGACGGUGGUGGUGCCGACGGCCAUGACAAGUGA